CUUCCGCCUCUCUGCUGCAUUGUGGGAGCGGGAAAACGUUACAAAUACUCACGUUGCAGCUUCCGUGUGAGUUGGAAACUAUAAAGAAAUCUUGUUCGUUUCGGAGUGAAUAAAGAUUUCCAUCAUGUCUAUCGGAGUCCCCAUUAAAGUCCUGCAUGAAGCUGAGGGUCACAUCGUUACCUGUGAGACCAACACCGGCGAGGUUUACAGAGGCAAACUCAUUGAAGCAGAGGACAACAUGAACUGCCAGAUGUCCAACAUCACAGUGACGUAUCGCGAUGGUCGUGUGGCGCAGCUGGAGCAGGUCUACAUCCGGGGCAGCAAGAUUCGCUUCCUCAUUCUGCCGGACAUGCUGAAGAAUGCUCCCAUGCUGAAAAGUGUGAAGAAUAAGAACCAGGGAGCAGGUGCUGGGCGGGGCAAAGCCGCAAUUCUUAAAGCUCAAGUGGCUGCGAGAGGCCGAGGCCGGGGUGGGCCGGGAGGAAGAGGAAACAUCUUCCAGAAAAGGCGAUAGUUGGUUCCAGAACUCUCUGUACAGUGCUUUUCUUUUUUCCCCUGUGAUCUUUUUACUUUCGUGCCCCACUUUAGGUUUAUAUUCCUUUUGCCCCAUCAUUUUUUUUUUUUUUUUUUUUUUAAAAGGUGUAAUUAUUAUUACACUAUAAGGAUGUUUCACACGGUGAGGAAUUGAGUUGCUUUAUUUUGACUUUUCUAUAAUGUUAGUUUGGAAUACAACACACAUUUAAUAAAGGUUUUACAGCUUA